GUUGCCCCGCUGAAACACACCCGCAGAGCUGGUUCCAUGUAUCGGAUUAGCAUUAAUACGUGUUGCGUUGCAUAUCGCAACGUAAUAUGUUUUAUAAAUGUGUUUUCACACUGAGUACGAAUAAGAAGUUAAACGCCCCCUUUUUGUGCGACCUCAAGACGCCACCUUCGUGAUUAGGUUAAAACUUAAAUUGGAUUAACCUCUUCUUUUUUCAGCCAUGCCGUGCAUGUGUAUUUCACAUGGAUAAAAUAUCACUUUUGACGCCGAGCAUUCACAUCACCAUGGAGACCAAAUUUGUGGUGUGUGGAGGCCAUGGAGACAGAAAACGGAGCCAUGACGCUCGGCCUCUUUGACUGUCUGAAGGCAGUUGGUCUUCAGCAUCACUACGAACGCUUCACCUCCAUGGGAAUCCGUCAUUUGACCCACCUCUUGUGCCUCACCUCGGAGGAUCUCCCCAUGCUGAAGAUCCACACCAAGGAGGACAAGAGUCGGCUCUUUAGCCUGGUGCAUCUGAUCAAAACGCUGGAGCAAGAAGGUCUGGGGCUGGAAGAGGAUGCCGAUGAGAGUGAUGAAGAAGUCCCGUUAGUGGAUACUUUUACUAACGGCGACCCGGUCCCUUUUUCCAACGCCCCCCGCGUCCGCAUGCACCUCAAUGAUGGAUGUCAGCAACGCGGGUGGAACGGCAGCCUCAGGCCAGCCGCUCAGCACAGCAGGCCAGACAUCACUAGACGAUUGUCCAUGUACAGUACUAACUCCGCACUGCUGCUGCCACAGACAGGCUCGUCCCACCCUCUGAAACCCAAAGCAGCUACGGCAAAGCGGUUCAACGGCCAACUGGUGGGGAAGAUGUGUCCAGAUAGAGGAAGUGCUUACAGACAAUAUGGUGGACAAUUUACUAAACCAACACCUGUUUUUGAAGCAAAGAGAAAACCAGGAUACAACUAUGGACUACCUCUGAAUCCCGUUGCUUCAAAAAAGCAAACUGGCGGGCCGAGGAUCCUCGUUUGCGUGAGGAAACGACCUCUGACGCUGGCAGAGAGACGGAAAGAAGAGGCGGACGUUGUGAUGACGCCCAGUGCCGAGUGUGUGAUUGUUCAAGAGGGGAAAGAAGCUGUCGACCUCACUCAGUACAUCUUAAAGCAUCCGUUCUACUUCGACCAGGUUUUUGGUGAGCAUCAAUCUAACGAGGAGGUGUAUAAGAAGACGGCGUAUCAUCUGGUGCAGCACAUGCUUAACGGGGGGAAGGCUACCUGUUUUGCCUUUGGGCAGACGGGCGCGGGUAAGACUCACACCAUGAUGGGUUCUUCUCCCAAUGAGCCGGGCUUGUACUUCCUGGCGGCCCAGGACAUCUUUGCUCACCUGUUGGCCACGCACAGCCCCCUGCUGGUAUACGUCAGCUUCUGUGAGAUCUACUGUCGUCAGCUCUAUGACCUGUUGAACAACAGGAAAAGAUUGUUUGUGAGGGAAGAUGGUCACAACGUGGUUCACAUUGCAGGACUUUGUGAUGUCAGAGUAGACACCGUCAACUCACUGAUGAAGGUGAUGUCACAGGGUUUAGCGGCACGCACCAAGAGGGUCAGUGGGGUGAAUCCGCUCUCGUCUCGUUCCCAUGCCUUGCUUCAGAUCCAGCUCCGAUCUGCAAACCAGCAGAUAAUUGGCAGAAUGUGGUUCAUUGACUUGGCAGGGAGCGAGAGGGCAUCAGACACCAAGGCAACAGACUGGCAAACUCGAAUGGAGGGAGCGGAAAUCAACCAGAGUCUGCUGGCUCUUAAAGAAUGCAUCCGCUCACUCGAUCAAGAGCAGCGGCACACACCUUUCAGACAAAGCAAGCUCACGCAGGUCUUGAAAGACUCAUUUGUUGGUAAUUCAAUGACUUGCAUGAUUGCCAACAUUUCACCCGGUCACAUCGCAACAGAGCACACACUUAACACUCUGCGAUAUGCUGACCGUGUGAAGGAGUUGAGGGGUCAAGGAGGACGAGAAAGCAGAACUGUACCUCUUACCAAAUGCAGCCUGUCCAAUAGCAUCAAUGGAGACAUCCCGAGAGGAAACAGUCUCCCAAAGAAGCCAAAAAUGGGAAUACCAAAAGCUAUUUUCCCCACCUCAAAGAAGCCCUCAGCAUACACGGUCCGCUCUUCCACACCAAAGAGCAGCAGAUGUGACGAGGAGCGAACCGCCACGGCCAAACGCUGGGUCGGGCCCGAAAAAGCGAGCCGACUCGUAGGCUCGCAGGAAAAGGGCGACAGUUACAAAAGGGAAGAGAAGCGUGAAUAUAGAAGAAGGCAAGAGAAGCAAGUUGAGACUGAAGGUGAUGAUGUGUUGGGCAAGAGGGAUGAAGACAUGCAGCACCACCUGCGCGAGUAUCACCAGCAACUGCAGAAGUUUGUGCCAUUCGCCAUCACCCCGUCUGCCUCCAGCCGACAGUCGCUCUCGUCUCAAGCUUCAUCCUCUCUCUCGUGUUCGGACCAAAUGUAUUCCAGUUCGAAGGACACCUCCAGUGUGAACGACAGCGGGAUUGGAAGCUAUGGUGCGCCGUCGCCUUUUAACAACGGGAAGGACGACGCCCUUGAAAACGAUGGGGUUCCAAGGGAACAGUUGAGGUGGGCUCAGGUGGUAACAACAGAGCUAGAAGAGGCCCACAUGGCGGCUGAUGUCGCCCUGGCGUCCUUCAGCUCCGCAGAGAUAGGCGAGGACUCUUUGGAAAUGGAUCCCUCGCUGGAUGGCUUGUGGACUGACAGUCUAGCGUCAGCCCACUGCGUCCACAAGCCCGACGUCUUUGGCGCCCCUCUUGUUGACCGCCAGUCUGUAGCCCACGCCACUUGUCAACCAAACAGCGAGAAGCCAAAAAACCUACCUCGAUUUGUAGCAAAAUCUCAGUUGGUGUCGUACAGAAUGAGUGGGGAGACCAGUUCAAGAGACUCUCAGACACCAAGAACAGCCAGAAUGUCUCAGGAAGAUACUUGUGAGGAUUCAACCACCAGUCAACGAGACCAUGCCAGUAACUAUCUCAGUUUUCUUGAGAGGAAGACAGAUCAUAUCACACAUGCAACAUAUAAAGACGCUGAAUGUUGUCCGGUAAUAAAGAACCCCUGGGAUCCUACUUCUGACACCAAGCUAGCCACUAAUUUCCCAGAGCAGCCUGAAACCCCAGCUAACAAUACAGAACAGAACAUCCCUUGCAAACCCACUCACUCAAAGUCAUUGACAAAGACACUUUGUCCCGCAAACCCUGCGGCAGACCAACUUCAACUAUUUUCGGGCCACAACUCUACAGUCCAAACUGAAAGUCCUGGAGAGUUACUUCAUAAAGAGACAACCAUCAACCAGGAGUUACAACUGAAAAUGGGCUCUGUUGGCCACAUGGAUCAUGACAAAUGGCGUAUCAUUCAGGCCCACUGGGAGAAGCUCCAUGAGAUGGAGCCUAUGCUGCGCGAGGAGCAGACCCUUCUCUGCAAGCAACCCCACAUGGAAUUUGGGGAUUACAUGGAAAAGCUGGAGGAGAUCAUGGAGCGGAAUGCCCGCUGUUUGCACAGCAUGAGAGCCAAGAUGCGCUUGUAUCGUAUGAGCAGUUCCGUUAGUUCCGUUAGUGAGCUUCAGCACACACAACAGAGUAAACCCGUCGCUUGAAUAAACCAAGCUCAUAGAAAAGGAUGUAAUGUACUGAACGUGUACAUUUGUUUUUUAAUGUCCCUGCUUUCAAAGUACAAACCCCCUGAUCGACUGCCGAUGCCGCUGCAACUCAGGGAUUAAUAUGUGAUAAGAUGUGUACAUGGCGGACUGCUUAGCAGUGUAGUUCAAAUGUAUUGUGAUAUUUAUUUUGUUAUUUAUCUACAAAUAAAUCUAUAUGAUUACAUUUCAGUGU